GCAGCAACGACAUUCGUCUAUGUGUACAGCAGUUGAUUUUGUACAGCAAUGACGGAAUUUAGCGGCAGAGCAGUGGGGUUUUCGAGACCAACCACUCACAAUAUCAAGAAAAUUGAUUCUCCCGUCCGUCUACUUCCUACUUUACCGCAGCAUCGCAGCAAACCAUCGUGGCAGCUGUCGCCGCCUAAUUUCAAGCCGACGCAAUCGUUUCCGCCUCGAAUCAUGCAAGGGCCUCCGAUUGAAGGCUUGGACACGUCCAUCACACUCAACGGCAGUCGCAAAGGGAGAGCCAAACACGGACGGAGUAAGACGUGGGACGCCGGGCAACAGCGCUCUGUUGGCGUUGCCCGUGGCAACGGCGUCUCUGGGCGCGACCGUCUCGGUCAGUUCGCGCAGCCGAGGCGAAAUCGAGAGCAAUUUCGGAGCGAGCUCGUGCAGAUCAUAACUCAUAAGGACGAUCUGGAAGAGUUGAGGUCUUCUGCAGGUCCAGAGCUUCCACCGUUGUGUCAGUCUCCUUCACCAUCGGCAGCAGAAAAGGAUCUGUUGCGGUAUUACUACUACAUUCAACAUGGGAUCGACACGGAGCAUGUUGCUCCUAUGGAAGACUCGUGGGUGGAAAACAUUCUACGGUAUGUCCCACAAGCACUGCAGACUGGCCGUGAAGAAAGCAUUGAACAACUAUGUGACGAAAUGCGUGAGGACUACAUUCUCAGUGUCAAGAAAGCAAUAGUUGAUUUCGUUUUGAGAGAUCCUCGUGACAAGUGGAAUGAAAAGGCUUCUGCUGUAUCUAAGCAUUUGGAAGAAAUGGCUCUGUAUGCCAAGAUGUGGGGACGCUCACGUGUCUCAGCAUACCAUUUCCUGUCUAAGAAUCUUUUCAGUGUAAAUCCUACUCAUCGUGCCGUUCUUGAUCUAUGGCACAAGCAGUUCAGAGAUCUCUGCCUUGUUGAUGCAAAAGAAAUUCGUGGCCAUGAUCAGGCAUAUGAAAUGUCAGCUUUUGCGGCUACCAUAGACAAACAUGUCAAUGCAGCUAAAGAAACUCUUCUUCGAAAGUGGUUUCCAGAAGUUCAAAAUAUUUUCUACCAAGGAAAUAAGCGAAAGCAGAUUCCACAUCAACAUUUGGAUGCUUUCUUUAAUUCGGUUGCUGUCUUAAUGACCUCUCAGUUGAGAAGUUUAGCCAUACAAAGUAUUCAUAGAUACACAGAGUUGUUCAAGCCGCCAGCACAGUUGUCAGCUUUAGAGCAGUUUAAGGGCUUUGUGGUUCGUAUUGUGCUUGAACGAAAUUCUAUCAAGCUUGAACCUCUUGAGGCGAAGUGGGAAGCUGUUCUGUUGAGCAUGUAUGAUGUUAUCAUAAAGGCGGUUGGGUCAGUGCCAAGGGUUGAGACAAAGUUGUAUCAAGUGGAAGGACCGAAAGCAAAAGCAACACUGAAGCCAAUUGUGAAGGAUGAGUUUCUGGAAACAGCCAAGCAGCAGGUUAGUGAGGUGAUCAAGAAGGAGAUGACUAUGCCUGCUGCACACAUAAGUGCUUUCGACAAAUAUAACUUCUUGGUUAAUGGAGAAGCUGAUGCUCAGAUUGAGGAGUUCCUUAGUGGAGAUCAUCGUUUUGAAGAAUAUGCCAAUGAAGUGCAGAAGUACAGAGACCUUGUCCAUGAGAUUAGUUAUUCACACAAAAAGGUGAUCAGAAUGGGAAUGUUUGAAGUGCAUUGUGAUGAAUUGACUCGCUCUUUGGCCAAACGAGCUGAUGCAUUGUGUACGAAAUUGCUGGAACGAAUGAGUAAAGACCAUAUUGCACUUAACAAAGAGGUUUGUGAAGAAUACAAAAUGUCUUGUGAACGAGCCAUAAAACAUCCUCAGUCAACUGAUGAGCUGUUGGAGCUGAAGAAGUUCAUAGAGAAUAUGGAGACUAAACGAACAGCUGAGCUAGAAGCUUUGGUAUUGAAAAGUUGUCAGCGUAUGCAGUUUCUCAUCGAGUUCUCUCUUAUGCCUCCUGCUGAGAUUCGUCUCAACAGAGAAGUGUUUAAUUGGGUGCACAGGCUGCCCAAAACGAUUGAGAAAGCACGUGAAAUUAUUGGUGAAACAUCAGAGCAGCAGAAGCAAGCUCUGAAGUUGAAGCGCGAGAGAUUUGUAGAAGAACUUCAAACUUACAACCGGCAGUUGGAGGAGUUUUCGACAUUUGGCGAUGUUGCUGAACUGCCUAAAUUUCUACGCAAGGCUCGGUUUAUCCAUGAAAAACUGGAAGCUGCGAGUGCUAAAAUUGAGCAGAUCAACAACGAAGAAGAUGCAUUCGAUUGGGACAGAUCAAAAUAUCCACAACGUGCAACUGCAAGGAAUACACUUGAUCCUUAUCUCAAACUCUAUGAGACAGUAACAGAAUUUCAAGAAAAGCACAAGGUAUGGAUGGAAGGACCAUUUGGAGGCGUUGAUCCAGAGGUUGUUGAAAAUGAUGUCGGCACUAUUUGGAGGACUCUCUACAAGCUUGAGAAAACGUUUUCUGAUACACCACUUCCAAAAGAGAUGGCUGCUAAGCUAAAGAAGAAAGUCGAUGAUUUCAAAGAGCACAUUCCUCUUGUCUCAGCUUUGUGCAACCCUGGUUUGAGAGAUCGGCAUUGGGACCAGAUGAGUGACGAAAUAGGUUAUCCAUUGAAGCCAGACGAGGAAACCACCUUAUCUAAAUUGAUUGACAUGAACCUUGAGCCCUACCUGGAGAAGUUGGAGCAGAUCAGCGAAGCUGCAAGCAAAGAGCAUUCAUUGGAGAAAGUCAUGGAUGCUAUGCUGUCAGAGUGGGAAAAGACUGAAUUCAGUAUGAGUGCAUAUCGUGAUUCUGGUACUAUGGUUCUGUCCAAUAUUGAUGAGGUCCAGAAUCUUUUGGACGACCAUAUUGUCAAAACCCAGACUAUGCGUGGUUCGCCAUUCAUUCGUCCGUUUGAGGAACGAAUCCUUGGUUGGGAAUCAAAGCUUCUUCUCCUCCAGGAAAUUGUUGAUGAAUGGCUCAAAGUGCAAUCAACGUGGCUCUAUCUAGAGCCCAUCUUCAGCUCUCCUGACAUCAUGGCUCAGAUGCCAGAGGAAGGUCGCCGUUUCACAACCGUUGACAAGACGUGGCGAGAGAUUAUGGUGGUUGCGGUGAAAGACCGACAUCCUCUCGUUGUAGUUGAAAUCGAGAAUAUGCUUGAUCGAUUGAAAAAGAGUAACGACCUACUUGAGCUGAUCCUCAAAGGCCUGAACGAGUACCUGGAGAAAAAGCGUCUGUACUUCCCACGCUUUUUCUUUUUGUCAAACGACGAGCUGCUGGAGAUUCUCUCUGAGACAAAGGAUCCAACUCGAGUCCAGCCGCACUUGAAGAAAUGUUUUGAAGGCAUUGCAAAGCUCACUUUUACCGACGAAUUGGAGAUUACUGAGAUGAAAAGCAGUGAGGGCGAAAUCGUUCCGCUUGUAGAUGUCAUCUCAACGGCUAAGGCUCGUGGUCAAGUAGAGAAGUGGUUGCUCGAAUUGGAAGGUGACAUGACGAAGAGUGUCCACAUGGUGAUGACAGAGUCUCUUGCUGCAUACUUGAAGGAUCAGCGGGACAACUGGGUGUUGUCGUGGCCUGGUCAGGUCGUUCUCGCCGUCUCACAGAAUUAUUGGACCAAAUACGUUCAUGAAGCAAUCAGGAAAGGACACCAGGCUAUGGAGGAAUAUUUGCAACUCUGCAGCAGUCAGAUUGACUCGAUUGUUACCCUGGUGCGUGGCAAGCUGUCAGCUCAGAAUCGAAUCACGCUUGGUGCGCUCGUUGUGCUCGACGUCCACUCUCGAGACGUACUUGAGAAGCUGGUGAAAGACAAGGUGAACACAGAAACUGACUUUCAGUGGCUCAGUCAAAUGCGAUAUUACUGGGAGGAAGGAAAUGUAAUGACCCGUAUGAUCAACUCACAGUUGGCUUACGGCUACGAAUAUCUGGGCAAUUCCGGUCGUUUGGUAAUAACACCACUCACGGAUCGAUGCUACAGGACUCUAUUCGGUGCACUGCAUCUUUAUUUGGGUGGCGCCCCGGAGGGUCCGGCCGGUACCGGCAAGACAGAGACCGUCAAAGAUCUUGCGAAAGCCGUCGCUAAACAGUGCGUUGUGUUCAACUGUUCUGAUGGUCUCGACUACAUCGCGUUGGGCAAAUUUUUUAAAGGCCUGGCAUCUUGCGGCGCAUGGUCGUGCUUUGAUGAAUUCAAUCGCAUCGAUUUGGAGGUUCUCUCCGUCGUCGCUCAGCAGAUUAUGACCAUUCAACGAGGUAUCACGUCUGGCUCGAAUCGUUUGCUAUUUGAAGGCACCGACAUCAAGCUGGAUCCGACGUGUGCGGUGUUUAUUACGAUGAAUCCCGGAUACGCGGGACGAUCGGAGCUCCCGGAUAAUUUGAAGGCACUCUUCCGUACGGUGGCGAUGAUGGUGCCCGACUAUGCGAUGAUUGCGGAGAUUGUGCUCUACUCGUGUGGUUUCGUUCAGGCUCGUCCUCUGUCUGUAAAGAUUGUGGCCACUUAUCGUCUUUGCUCCGAACAACUGUCAUCUCAGCAUCACUACGAUUACGGCAUGCGAGCUGUCAAGUCCGUCUUAACCGCAGCCGGGAACCUCAAACUGAAGUACCCGGAGGAAGAAGAAGAUGUCCUAAUGUUGCGCUCAAUCAACGACGUCAAUCUUCCCAAGUUUCUAUCACACGACUUGCCACUCUUUGAAGGCAUCACUUCAGAUCUCUUUCCCGGCGUCACUCUGCCCAAGCCUGACUAUGGGCAGAUGACGCAGGCGAUUGCCGAGAACUGCGAGAAACUCAACCUUCAGGUGACCGACGUAUUCCAGUCGAAAAUAUUACAGAUAUACGAGAUGAUGAUCGUCCGUCACGGCUUUAUGAUUGUUGGCGAGCCAUUCGGCGGGAAGACGUCCGCAUAUCGUGUGCUUGCCGGGGCUCUGGGCGAUCUGGCCGGCAAAAACUUGAUGGAGGAGAACAAAGUUGAAAUCACUGUUCUUAAUCCUAAAGCUAUUACAAUGGGGCAGCUGUAUGGUUCGUUUGAUCCUGUCUCGCACGAAUGGUCGGACGGUGUGCUCGCCGUCAGUUACCGUGCCUUUGCGACGUCCCCGAAUAUGGAUCGAAAGUGGUUGAUAUUCGAUGGUCCAGUUGAUGCCAUCUGGAUUGAGAACAUGAACACGGUGUUGGAUGAUAACAAGAAGCUGUGUCUUAUGAGUGGUGAGAUCAUUCAGCUCGCAUCGACCACCAACUUGAUCUUCGAGCCGAUGGACCUCGAAGUCGCCUCACCGGCGACUGUCAGUCGGUGCGGCAUGAUUUAUAUGGAGCCUCACAUGCUCGGCUGGAAGCCACUCGUGAUGUCUUGGCUAAACACGCUACCCGAGACCAUGACACAAGCGCACAAGGAUUUCUUAGUAGCCAUGUUUGACCGCUAUGUUCCUUGUACUAUGCAGUUUGUCCGCAAGGGCGGAUUUAAGGAGCUCUCCCCGACAAACGAUACAAACUUGGCCAAGAGUUUAAUGAAUCUGAUCGACUCGCUUAUUGACGAGUUUCGCGAUGCUGCAAAGAUAAAGGAAUGGUCUGAGGAGCAGACCGAGGCGUAUCUAGAGGGUGUCUUUUUCUUUUCGAUUGUGUGGUCGGUGGGUGCAUCCAUGGGCUCAGACGGACGUACUGCAUUCGAUUCUCUUCUCAAGGAGAUCAUUUCAGGGCCAUUGUCUGAAGAAACGUCGAAAGCUUUUCGUCUCCUAGAGAAAGUCGAUGCACCUUCGCGGCCUUGUCGUUGUCCCAUUCCAGAAGAAGAGACUCUGUAUGAGUACCGGUUUAUCAAGGAGGAUAUGGGACGAUGGGAAGCAUGGGAGGAACAGAUUAAGAACCCGGAUCCCAUCGGUAAGGAGCUGGCUUUUAAUGAAAUUAUCGUUCCGACAAUUGAUACAGUUCGGUAUAUGUAUCUCAUGGACAUUCUCGUAUCACAUGCUAAACCGGCUCUCUUUGUCGGUCCAACUGGCACAGGAAAGUCAGUCUACAUAACAGACUUCCUUCUCAAUCGUUUGCCAAAGGACGUUUACAAACCGGUCAUUAUCAACUUUUCUGCUCAAACGACCGCCAAUCAGACGCAGGAUAUUGUCAUGGCAAAGCUUGAUAAGAGACGCAAGGGUUUGUAUGGACCCCCUUAUGGCCAGAAGACAAUCGUUUUUGUUGAUGAUUUGAAUAUGCCGGCGAGGGAGGUGUAUGGAGCGCAACCGCCUAUUGAGUUGCUUCGCCAGUGGUUAGAUCACUGGAACUGGUACGACGUAAAGGAUAACAGCGCGAUGAAACUCGUCGAUACCCAGCUCGUCGCUGCCAUGGGGCCCCCUGGAGGAGGUCGCAAUCCUGUCACUCCUCGAUUUCUGCGUCACUUCAAUACCAUUAUCAUCAACGAAUUCAGUGACCGUACCAUGUCCAAGAUCUUUUUGCGCAUCACCGAUUGGCAUUUUGCUAAGGGAUUCAAUGCCGAACUGAAGCCCGUUGCUGCUUCUAUAGUGACCGCCACUAUGGACAUUUACAAGAGCGCUAUGACUAAUUUGUUGCCUACUCCUGCUAAGUCUCACUAUUUGUUCAAUCUUCGUGACUUUGCCAGAGUCGUUCAGGGUGUUUUGCUGUCGACGCCUGCAUGUUUUACCGACACAACGAUAAUGCAACGGUUGUGGGUUCAUGAGGUCUUCCGCGUCUACUAUGAUCGUCUUGUGUUCGACGAAGAUAGGCAGUGGCUUAUUAAGUACGUGAACGAGAGCCUGAAGAAGCAAUUCAAUACCAACUAUAACAUUCUGUUCAAGCACUUGGACUCUAAUGGAGACGGUCUUGUUGAAGAGGAUGAUCUGAGAUCUCUCAUGUUCUGUGACUUCUCUGAUCCAAAAUCUGACAGCAAACCGUAUAUUGAGAUUCGCGAUUUGGACAAACUCCGGUCGGUCGUCGAGGCGAAUCUCGACGAAUUUAACAACUUGAGCAAGAAACCGAUGAAUCUCGUCUUGUUUCGGUUUGCUAUCGAACAUGUGUCGCGAUUGGCUCGCAUUAUCAAGCAGCCUCGCAGUCACGCUCUGCUGGUAGGCGUAGGAGGCAGCGGUCGUCAGAGUUUGACACGAUUGGCCUCUUACAUGGCAGACUACGAACUCUUUCAGGUGGAAAUCAGUAAGGGUUAUACAAGUACUGAAUGGAGAGAAGACUUGAGGAAGAUAUUGAUAAAGUCAGCAGAAGGGUCAAAUCACUGUGUGUUCUUGUUCACAGACACUCAGAUUAAAGAGGAAAGCUUUUUAGAAGACUUGUCCAAUUUGCUGAAUUCCGGAGAAGUGCCCAAUUUGUUUGGACUGGACGAGAAACAGGAGAUAUGUGGCAAGAUGCGACAAAUUGACAAGACAAGAGAGAAAGCGAAGCAAACUGAUGGUACCGUCGUGGCAUUGUACAACAUGUUCAUUGACAGAGUGCGAAAUCAACUGCACGUUGUGCUGUGUAUGAGCCCAAUAGGCGAUGCCUUCCGCAACCGUUUGCGGAAGUUUCCGUCCCUCGUUAACUGCUGCACUAUAGACUGGUUUCAAUCUUGGCCUGAUGAUGCAUUAGAGGUCGUUGCUAAGCGUUUCUUGGAAGAUGUCGAACUAGAAGAUGAUGAGCGAGCAGGCUGUGUGCGCAUGUGCAAGAGUUUCCACCAAAGUACUCGUCAACUGUCUGAAAAGUUUCUCGCCAACUUGGGACGUCACAACUACGUAACUCCCACAUCGUAUCUCGAGUUAAUCAGCACGUACAAGACUCUUCUUGCAAAGAAGAGAACGGAAGUUAUGAAGCUAAAGAAAAGAUACGAGGUUGGAUUAGAGAAACUCCAAGUUGCUUCUUCCGAAGUGGCGACGAUGCAAAGUGAACUCGAAGCAUUGCAGCCUCAACUUCGCACUGCAUCAACUGAAGUCGCCGAGUUAAUGGUUGUCAUCCAAAAGGAUUCCAUCGAAGUUGCAGAGAAAGAGAAGGUGGUGAAAGCAGAUGAAGCUGUGGCGAACGAACAGGCAGGGGCGGCAAAAGCGAUCAAGGACGAGUGCGAUGCGGAUCUGGCUCAGGCGAUCCCAAUCCUCAAUUCGGCCUUAGCCGCUCUCAACACGCUGACACCCGCCGACAUUACAGUCGUCAAAACAAUGAAGAGUCCGCCACAAAUGGUGCGCCUUGUGAUGGAGGCCCUUUGUAUAUUAAAAAGCAUCAAACCCGACCGAGUGAACGAUCCAUCGGGAUCUGGAAAAAAGAUUGAAGAUUAUUGGGGUCCUGCUAAACGUAUGCUGGGCGAUAUGAAGUUCCUUCAGUCUCUCCAGACGUACGAUAAGGAUAACAUAGCACCGGCUAUCAUAAAGCAGAUACGAGAAAAGUACGUGCCUAAUCCAGACUUUGUACCCGAGAAGAUCAGGACGGCGUCGUCUGCAGCAGAGGGUUUGUGCAAAUGGGUUCUUGCCAUGGAAAAAUAUGACUUGGUUGCUAAAGUUGUUGCUCCAAAGAAACUUGCUCUCGCUAAAGCAGAAUCAGAAUUGGCCGUUGCUAUGAAGGAGCUGAGAGCGAAGCAGGCUAGUCUUAAGGAAGUUCAAGACAAUUUGCAGCGACUGAGAGACAAGUUUGAUCAGAACACAAAGAAGAAGGAAGAUCUAGAGAAACAGGUUGAAUUGUGUACUAAGAAGUUGGAUCGGGCGGAGAAACUGAUUGGUGGUCUCGGAGGAGAACGAGCAAGGUGGGGUCAGGCUGCAGCCGAUCUGUCCCAGAAAUAUACAAACCUCACGGGUGACGUACUCGUUUCUGCCGGGAUAGUCGCCUAUUUGGGUGCCUUUACUGCAGCUUUCCGAAAGGAACAAGAGAAACUAUGGAUUCACGAGUGCAAGGAGCGGGGCAUUCCGUGCUCACAAGACUUCUCCCUCAGUUCGACUCUGGGUGAACCGGUGCAGAUCCAAGCGUGGAACAUCGCCGGUUUGCCGACCGAUUCGUUUUCGGUCGACAACGGUAUUGUCGUAAGCAACGCUCGACGAUGGCCACUCAUGAUCGAUCCGCAAGGCCAAGCAAACAAAUGGGUCAAGAACAUGGAAAAGUCCAAAAAUCUUCACGUCAUCAAACUGUCCGACUCGGAUUUCGUGCGAACGCUUGAAAAUUGUAUUCAGUUUGGAACGCCUGUUUUAUUAGAGAAUAUUGGGGAAGAGUUGGACCCCAUCCUGGAACCCCUAUUACUCAAGCAAACUUUCAAACAGGGGGGAUCCGUCUGCAUACGUCUGGGCGAUAGCACGAUCGAGUAUUCAAAGGAUUUCCGGUUUUACAUCACGACCAAGCUGAGGAAUCCCCAUUACUUGCCGGAAACGUCCGUGAAAGUGACGCUCCUCAAUUUCAUGAUCACGCCAGAGGGUUUGGAAGAUCAACUUCUAGGUAUUGUAGUGAGACAAGAGAAACCGGAACUUGAAGAAGAAAAGAACUCUCUUAUUAUUCAGAGCGCUGCCAACAAAAAACAAUUGAAGGAGAUUGAAGACAAGAUACUCGAAGUGCUGUCGACGUCGGAAGGAAACAUUCUGGAAGACGAAACGGCUAUUGACAUUCUCUCGUCGUCAAAAGUACUUGCCAACGAGAUCUCAGAAAAACAGGCUAUUGCCGACGAGACCGAAAAGAAGAUCGAUGAGACUCGCAUGGGCUACCAACCAAUCGCCGUCCACUCGGCGGUCAUGUUUUUCUCGAUCUCCGAUUUGGCUAACAUCGAGCCGAUGUACCAAUACUCCCUCACCUGGUUCAUCAAUCUCUUCGUUAUGUCAAUCGACAACUCCGAGAAGUCGGACAGCAUCGACGUGCGGCUGAAGACUCUCACCGACCACUUCACGUACUCACUCUACUGCAACGUGUGUCGCUCAUUGUUCGAGAAGGACAAAAUGCUCUUUUCCAUGUUGCUGUGCGUCAACUUGUUGAAGAACCGCGGCGAUGUGCAGAACGACGAGUGGAUGUUUCUACUCACCGGUGGCGUUGGAUUGGACAAUCCCCAUGCGAACCCCUCGUCUUGGCUACCGAGUAAAGCUUGGGAUGAGUUUUGCCGUUUGUCGGAGUUGUCGAGGUACAAAGGGCUCAGAGAGUCGUUUCCGUCUCAACUUUCCGGCUGGCAAAAGAUCUAUGACAGCACGGAGCCGCAUCACCAGCCUUUACCCGGACAAUGGAAUGACUUGCAUACCUUUCAAAAGCUUCCCUGCUUGCGAUGCCUCCGUCCCGACCGGGUUGUUCCUGCUGUGCAAGAUUUUAUUACUGAGAAGCUUGGUAAACAAUUCAUCGAACCGCCACCGUUUGAUCUAUCCGGAGCGUUUGGUGAUUCCAACGCUUGCGCGCCUCUCAUCUUCGUUUUGUCUCCUGGAGCGGAUCCCAUGGCGGCCUUGCUCAAGUUUGCCGAAGACCAAGGCUUUGGUGGGUCGCGGCUCGACUCACUGUCUCUUGGGCAAGGGCAAGGCCCGAUUGCCAUGCGCAUGAUCGACAAAGCGGUGAAAGAAGGCACGUGGGUUGUGUUACAAAACUGUCACUUGGCGGUCUCAUGGAUGUCAACCCUCGAGCGUCUCUGUGAGGAGAUGAACCCGGACAGCACGCAUCCUGAUUUUCGCCUAUGGCUGACGAGCUAUCCGUCGCCCCAUUUUCCUGUCUCUGUUCUUCAAGAUGGUGUCAAGAUGACGAACGAGCCUCCCAAAGGCCUGAGAGCCAACUUGAUUCGCUCUUAUCUCAACGACCCCAUUUCUGAUCCGGAAUUUUUUGGCGGAUGUACGAAGAUGCCAGUGUUUAAGAAGCUUCUGAUGGGUCUCUGCUUCUUUCACGCUCUCGUGCAGGAGAGACGGACAUUUAGCUCGUUGGGAUGGAACAUCCCAUAUGAAUUCAACGAGACCGACCUGCGCAUUUCAGUCAGGCAAUUGCAGAUGUUCCUGAACCAGUACGAGGAAAUUCCAUUCGAUGCUCUCAGCUACCUCACCGGUCAAUGCAACUACGGAGGUCGUGUGACGGACGACUGGGACCGUCGCACUCUCAUCUGCAUUCUCGACAAGUUCUACUGCCGAAACAUCAUUGAAAAAGAUCACUAUCCGUUUUCAGAGAGCGGAACCUACUUCUGCCCGCCGGACGGCGACUACGAAUCGUACUUGGAAUACGCAAGGAGUCUACCACUCGUGGCCCAUCCGGAAGUAUUUGGAAUGCAUGCCAACGCGGAUAUAGCUAAAGACCAGAAGGAAACGAAUCAGUUGUUUGAUAGCACGUUGCUCACUCAGGCGAGGUCGUCGGCGAGUGGUAGUAAAUCGAGUGACGACACGGUGUGGGAAGUGGCUGAGGAUAUUUUGGGUCGUUUGCCAAAAGACUUUGAUACUGAAGGAGCUCUGCGUCGAUAUCCAACUACUUAUACGCAGAGCAUGAACACUGUGCUUGUCCAAGAAAUGGUGCGCUUCAAUCGUUUGUUGGAAAUCGUGCGUAGCAGUCUCAUCAACAUUCGCAAAGCAAUCAAGGGUUUAAUUGUCAUGUCCAGUGAGCUGGAGGAGGUCUCAACGAGCAUUCUGACUGGAAAGAUUCCUGCCAUGUGGAUGAAGAGGUCAUAUCCAUCACUGAAACCGCUUGGCAGUUACGUAAAUGACUUUCUAGCUCGACUGAAGUUUCUUCAAGAUUGGUUUGAGGAAGGACCUCCUGUUGUUUACUGGGUUUCUGGAUUCUUCUUCACACAAGCUUUUCUGACUGGUGCCCAGCAAAACUAUGCUCGAAAGUAUACCAUUCCAAUCGAUCUACUGAGCUUUGACUUUGAAGUACUUGAACACAAGGCAUAUACCACACCUCCAGAUGACGGAGUGUACGUUCAAGGACUCUUCCUGGAUGGCGCAAGGUGGGAUCCAAAACGAAAACAACUCGGUGAAUCUCUCCCUAAAAUCCUUUACGACAAAAUGCCAGUGAUCUGGUUAAAACCAUGCAAACGAGACGAACUUCCAGACAGGCCCAGUUAUGUGGCACCAGUCUACAAAACAAGCGACAGAAGAGGCACACUAUCAACUACAGGCCACUCAACAAAUUACGUCAUCGCCAUGAGACUACCAUCAGACCAACCGAAAGAACACUGGAUACUAAGAGGCGUGGCAUUGCUCUGCCAACUGGAUGACUAAUAUAUUAAACAUAUUCUGUCCGAUAAUUUUGUAUUGUAAACUGGAAUCUUGUUAUACUGUGUGCUACAUGCACCUAUGGUAUCAUCAUUGCUAGAGCCUAUCAGUUUUCAAGCAUUUGUUUGUGAGACUGUCUUGUAACCACGCCCAUUAAAUGUGUUCA